CAACAGGGCGCGACCUCCUCUCGUAUGCCACCGCGGUCGUCCCCCCCUCGCCGCCAGCCAGCGCCAUUCCACCCGACCUGCAGCCCGCCCUCACCCACCUCGCCACCGCCUUCCUCCCCCGCAACCAGCACCUCGCCCCAGACCCCGCCACCUCGCCCUUCACCCAUGUCAUCUCCUUCCCCCCGGGCGCCCAUGGCCGCGCCCAGACCGAUCCGGCGAGGGAAGAAGAGGACAGCGAGCCCGCGCCGGAGAAUGUGAUUGCGCUCGCGUCCCCGUUCGAAGGCGGCGACGUCUACGUGCAAGAGGCGGUGCAGGCGCUGGCGAACGAGAUGGAGGCAGACGUCGUGAGGCUGGAUCUGGUCAUGGGCGUGGCGCUGGACGGCAUGGCGGCCCCUCUCGGUGUCUUUGGGCCGCCCGCGCUCGCCCACUCGCUCAACCCCCUGUACCAGGCUGCGCCGUCUCCCUUCCCCAACCUCCGCAAAGAGUCUCGAGAAGCGGACGAUCAGGAAGAAGGGAUGGGCCUUGGUUUUACCAGUAUGCCCGUCGCCGUCCUCGGCGGCGGAGGUCUGCCCAUGCCCCAGAUGGGCCACAUGGGCCAGCAAGAGGAAGACUUUGUCGCCGGGCGCGCCAACGAAGAAUGGAUCGCCUUCUUCUCCCGCAUCAUCAAUGCCGAGACAGCCGAGGCCGGCAAGAAGCGGAUCGUUGUGCUGGAAUCCCCGCUCGCCAUGUCGAAAACGUUCCCCGUUUGGUGGCCAUCGCUUGUCGAAGCCGUGCAAAGACGGAGACGAGGUCUGAUCACCCCUGGCAGGAAGAAGAUGAUUCCCAAAAACGGAAGCGCUGAACCCUCCCUCGUCCACCCUACAUCCAUUGUUCUCCAAUGUACACCUUCGCCCCUCCUCCCCCACACGUCGCCGUCGAUGUUUGCCCCCACCGAGAAGGAGGACCACGAGCUUGCCGCCGAGGAGCAUGUUGAAGACGUGGACGAGCAAGAAGAGGCGACACACGCAGCCAUCUCUGCAUUGGAAGACAAGUUUAGGAGCAUGGGCUUCAAUGUCCAUCAUCACGUAGAGGUGGUGAAGCCCAGGUCUGGAGCCAAGCUAUGGUGGGGGAACGAAGAGAGUGAUCCUGCGGGCAGAAGAGAAGGUGAUCAGUCUCGGCUGAAAGCGAUUCUUGGAAAAGGCCUGUCCUCGGUCCUUCCGCCUUUUGAUGGCCAAUCAAGUGACUCUGGCAACCAGUCCCGUAACCCUCUUCAGCGCCUCCUCAUGAGCCGGAUGGGCCAUGUCAAUCGCUCAGAACAAAACGAGUCCAGUGGUGCUCCAUUGGUGUGGAAAGCUUUCCCCAUCGUGCCUCUGCAUCGCAACUUUGACGCCGAAAAGGAGUCACGCACACUCCGUCGGAGAAUUUAUUCCGCUGCGUUGAUUACCCGCGCCGUCUAUCAGCUCGGCGGUGAACUUCAAGACCCACUUGAAAUCCUAAAAUUGAGCGAAUCGACCGGCAGACCGUUGACACGCAAAACGGGUCCGAGCAGUGUGAGCAAAGGCUGGGGCAACGCGGUGGUAUCAUGGUCAGAUGCUUUACAUAUCGCGAGUAUUGCCGUUGGCCGAGCUGUGCAGAAUGGGCAGGUGGAUGGAGGCGGGGCGACAGUUCAUUGGGCGGACAUUAUCGCAGCAAGACAAGCUGCCGUUGAGGAAAAGACGAUGACCGCGGAUCAGAUAUCAAAACACAUCCCAGCCGCGCUCAAGAGGGACGGCGCCGGCCCGGCGGCCAAGGGGGCGAAGAAGGAGGAAGCCCAGCAGGUUGUAGACCCCGUGGUGGAGAAUCUUCGGAAAGACAAGAAACUUUCGCAGCACGAAAAGCGGCUGCUAAACUGUAUCGUUGACCCUUCCAAACUCGCAUCCACCACCUUUCGAGACGUCCAUCUUCCCGAAAAGACGAUUGAUGGUAUCCGGUCCAUGAUCUCGCUUCCCCUGCUGUUCCCAGAAGCUUUCCGGGGCGGUGUGCUGAAAGAUCAUGCCACCACUGGCGCUUUGCUCUUUGGUCCUCCCGGUACGGGUAAAACCCUCCUUGCGAGAGCAGUGGCGGCCGAAAGCGGAGCGAGGAUGCUCGCCAUCCAGCCAAGCGAUGUGAAUGAUAUGUAUGUCGGAGAAGGCGAAAAACUUGUCAAAGCGGUCUUUUCCCUCGCUCGUCGCCUCUCGCCCUGUGUCGUGUUCUUGGACGAAGUCGAUGCGCUCUUUGGAGCCCGUAUAUCCCGCGGAUCGUCUGGAAGCAUGUCACAUAACCUCAUUCUCACCGAGUUCAUGCAGGAAAUGGACGGUCUGAGCUCGGCGAUCGCCAAUAAGGAUAAGAGGGUGGUCGUCAUCGGCGCGACCAACAGACCAUUCGAUCUGGAUGACGCUGUCAUGAGAAGAUUACCGAGGAGGUUACUCGUAGACCUUCCCGGUGUAGAGGAUAGAAAAGCGAUCCUCGAAAUUCUGCUGAGAGGAGAGCAGCUGGGUGAAGAUGUUCAUCUUGAUCAGAUAGCCAAGGAAACGGAUGGGUUCUCUGGUUCAGACUUGAAGCAUUUGUGCGUCAGCGCCGCCCUUUCAGCAGUCAAGGAUACCGUCAGCGUCCCUUGGCGCCACCUUUCACCUUCAUCCGUGGUCUCUUCAUCUUUGGGAUCUGAAGAACGGCCGCGAACACCUUUACCUGGCGGUGACGGAAGAGGAAGAGGUGGUGGUGGUGGUGGUCUUGGGAAUGAAGUUUUGGUCAUGGCCCCCACAGAGGGCGGCGGCGGCGGAGGCGGCGGUAGGAAGAAGGUGAGGGUGAAGAAGGAAAAGGCGUCGGCUACUGCCUCGUAUGGAGAAGAAUCCAUCUCGUCUGCCGCGCGUGAAGAGUCUGAAAGCCCUGAUGAAGAGCAAGAGCAGUUGGGUGUCGGUGAAGUGCCCGAGCAAGUUGAAGAAGAGCAGCUGUUGAGUGCCGACCGCACGCGUGACGCCUCGCCUAGUGAAGACGCCCCGGAACCUGCAAAGCCACCACCCAUUGAGGAGGAACAGACCGUACCAAAGCGUGUAUUGAUGCACAAGCAUUUCAAGACCGCCCUCGAGGAAAUUCGGCCGUCUGCAUCAGAAGAGGGCAGUUUGCCCGAGUUGCGGAAAUGGGCAGAGCAAUUCGGCGAGGGCGGUAAGAGGAGAGGGAAGAAGAGUGGGUUUGGCAAAGGUUUUGGUUUUUCAGAUGAGCCGGUGCGAGAUAGGGAUACGGGAUACGGAAAGGUUAGGCAAGAUGAUUAGAUUAAGGGGGCGGAGACCCAUGUUACAGCAUCACAUUUCAUUUUACAAUGUUCGCAUGAUGCAUUUGCUGCAUAGAA